UCAUAAGCCUCUACUUGAUCUGUCCACCAAAAUAAAUUUUUACUUGAGAACAUUCCAUGUUUUUGGCGGGCACUAAGACGAUUGGCUAAAAUCGUUGAGGGGGCGGGCGGAUGAAAUGGGAGACCAAUCACUCUUGAGAGAACUUUUUGGAAUUUGUGUGUGGCGCAGUGCACUUGGUGCAAAAUGAUUUCCCGGCGUCGUGGAAAUGUCUGGGAAGUGGAGGAGGUAUCUCUUCUUCUGAGGGUUGUUCGGAGGAGUGGGCAUGCAUCUCGGUUAAUGGCCAGCACGCAAUCAAGCAACCGCGGCAUCUAUCGAUUUCUUUCAAGAGUGCUACGCAGUCGCGGCUUUCAUCGAACGGCCAACCAGUGUCGAAGCAAAUUCCAAAAACUGAAGUCCGAUUUCAUUUCAUCAAUGGAGGCACUGCAAUGCAUUCCUAGAAGCAGUCGUAGAAUUAGGGUGCACAACGCGAUGAUGCUAAUCUGGAAGGCGGCAGGGAGGCCUCGAUGUCAAGAAAGACCUCAUGAUGAGAUUAUCUGUGAAAGAGCAGUCAAGAUUGAAGAAACUUCAUCUGAGGAUGAUGAGAAUUCAGAAACUGUUGCAGUGGAAUCAUCAAGUGCAGCAGAAUCUGAUGCGCAAGCCUAUGCACCUCUUGGAGUGACAACUGAAGACCCAGCAAAAAUCAAUACAGCAGCAUUUCCUCAAGCUUCAGAGAGAGAAAGAACAGAUGACAGUGGAUCUCAUCGCCUAGAAACUGAAGAAACCGUAAUCGUUAUAUCUUCCGGCAAUAGUCACGAAGAAGCAACUGAUGACAUGACUGCUCCUGAAACCAUAAUGCCCGGAGAUGUAUCUCCACAACCGAGUACCUCAGCUUCUUUAGCAACACACAGUGGUGCCGCAGUGAGAAAGUAUGCCAUGAGCGCUGAGCACAAACUUCGCAUAAUUGUGGAAACAACUUCUUCUGAUGCUGAGGAUGAGGACAGAAACGCCGUUGAGGAAGGCAGAACCGAGGAUGCAGAGGGAACUCCAGUUCUCUCAUUUUCCCCAGGCACGUUUUAGCUAUGCCACAUUUGAGUGGAGAUACAUUUUUCGCUGAUUUAUUUUGCUGGGUGACACUUCAAUAUCUGCCUAAAAUAUUGACUGACUUGAAUUUUGCAGGUGAUACUUCAGCGGGAGGUUUGCGUGACAUGAUGCCAAAUAAAGACCAAUCCGCUGAUAUUGCCGAGAUCUAUCGUAGUAUGCUGGGAAUACAAUCUCUAUGUCUAUCAAGAAGUAAGUAUGACUAUUCCAAGGAAAACUUGAGGCAGAGUUUGGUGUGGUGUUUCUGAUCACGCGGCUCAGAUCAGGCGCGACAGUACCAAUCCCACAUCACGUAUGGAAGUCAGUAGGGAAACAUUCACCGAGUCAUUGAUAUGUGGAUUCAUAGAUCCAGAUAAGUCAUCAG